UGAUACCGACAGCGAAGACGAGGAGGAAUAUGCAAAUCUUGCUGUAGAACGUAGGCGGAUAAGGGACACCUCUAAUCCACUGGAUCAAACAGAAAAAUCGUAAGUAUUUGGCGAUAAAUUCCUUGCUAAAAUUUGUAAAUGCUAAGAUCAAAUCAAAUAUCCUUCAUACACAAUUUUCAGCUUCAUUCGAUUCUUCCAGGUAUCCAAGGAGAUCUUCAAGUACCUGCUGGAUAUAAUAAAUGCGAAAAUCAACCCAGUGCAGCUCUCCACAUCGGUUCCUCCCAUGAUCAUGCUAGCAGCAUCCUUAAGAUUUUUUGCGGAAGGUAACUACCAGAAGGGCGUAGGAAACGACCGUUUUAUCGGAUUGGCUCAACCAACGAUGUCAAAAGUGCUGCAAAUAGUUUUGGACAUAAUCGAAACUGAAGUCUAUCUAGCCGUAAUCCAGUUUCCAACCGAGGAAGGAGAAAAUAACGCGAUCAAACUGGGUUUCUACGCAAAAACGGGAUUUCCGGGAGUAAUCGGAUGCGUAGAUGGAACCCACAUAAGCAUCAUCCCUCCGGCACACGCUAAGCACUUGUACUACAACCGUAAAGGCUUUUACAGCCUAAAUGUUAUGUUGGUUUGUGAUCAUGAUUUAAUGAUUCGAUAUCUUGAUGCCAAUCACCCGGGCGCCUCCCACGACUCUUUUGUGUGGAACGGCAGUUCGCUGAAUCAAUUAUUAACACAAAGAUACGACAACGGGGAGAGGAACUCCUGGUUACUCGGUAAGAAUAAAGUUAUUGGACGUAUUGAAAUGCAGUCAAUAUUCCUUCUUAAAGCAUUACCAGUAUAACAGUGAUACUCUAUGGCGUGUCGAGCAAACUUCCAACUCGAAAAUAGCCUGAAUCUGACAAUCUGAACUUCCACUUCCAACAUGGUAUGGAUUCGUCGCU